UUUUUUUUCGCGUGUAAAUUAGUAAAAUAUAUAUAGUACCUUUGUAUUCGUUCCUUCAAGUUACAAGGAGUGGUAGUAACGUUGCAAAACUUCCCUAUGCUGCCGCUGAACGUUUGGAUCCGAUGUCAAGUUCUCUUUUUGACACAUUCGAACGUGAAAGUCUCCCUCCGGUUAAAUUUCAACCAACAGAAACGCAUUGCAACUUUGCGCGUCUAUACAUCACCAAGGGUUCAAAGAAUAUUAAAAAAUGUAGAGAUGAACGCAAUGCAAUUCUCGUAAUUGUGAAGGAUGUUUCUUAUGAAAUCAGUGAGAAUCGAUUGCGAUGUAAUGUGAUCAUUUCAAAACCAUUUGGCGAGCUACGUGAUCUCGACACGUUCGAAUUAUCAGAUGCACGAUAUUGGAUCCGAGUUGCUUUACUUGAUAAAAAGGCACUCGAUCUUAAAGUUGGGCCAAAAUUCUUUAAAGAAUACUUACGAGAACCUUUUAAGGUUUCGGAAUAUGAACAACAGCGGGACAAUAAAAAUUUUUUGAAAGCUUUGAAUCUAUCUAAGUCACGUUGAUUGAAAUUAUCACGUGAUCUUUUUUUUUAAUUUAUUUUCAAUUAUUUUUUAUUUAUUUAUUUUAUUUAUUUUCGAUCAAUACGAUCAAUACAAAUAAUCAAAUUUAGAUAAAUUAUUACUUUUU